UGGUAUAUUGCUGCUACAGUGUCUAUCUCAAGUAUCAAUACUUUGUGGACGUUUUAACUUCUGUUUAAUGUCAAGUUAUUCUUUAUUCCUUGUUGCUUUGUGUAAGCCGCACAAACUUCCUCAAAUAUUGAAUGGCUGUUGUUGGUGCUUUUACUUUCUCUACAGUAUGAGUUGGUGGGUCACAGUGGAGAAUUCACGGGGAAAUUUAGAUGCUGGCUGGGGGGAGUUUCCAUUGCAACAGAGGUGGAGCAACACUGAUCUGCGAGUGAGGGCUUGUGGUCCAUGUGCGGUAUAAUAAUCUGUCAGGUUGUUCAAAGCGAUUGUACAGUAGUAUUUGUACAGCAGUAAACACAAGACGUUCCUGUAGUCUAAACUGUGUUGCACUUGAACUCCAAAGCUUUGUUCCUGACACUUUUUUGUUCUCUUCAACAAGAAAGUGGUGCUGAAAAAUGAAGUUGCUGGAGCUGGGGGACUCCAUCAGUCGCUUCAGGUUUUCUCUGUCCUGUGUGGGGUUGGCAGGUGGCCUGUGUGUGUGCUACGCAGUCUGGACACCGUUCUGGCUGAAGGAGAGGGGACUCUGGACAGAGUGGAAUAACACUCAAAGUGACCAGCCAAAUCAUAAAGAUGGCACUUUCUUCAAUGCCCCGGAGGCAGAGACAGUAUUUGCACUUAUUUCCUUCUUGAUGGCGGUGUGCACUGGUACUCUAUGUCUGGUGUUUGCCCUCUGCUGGACAUCUGAGACGGUGCGCUCCUACUCCAACACUCGCUCUCUCCUCAUGGCAGGACAGGCCCUGUACCCCACCACACUGCUGGUGCUCAUCAUGACCUUUACAGGUUUCUUCUUCCUCCUCAGCUGGUCUCUCUUCAGCUAUCAACACUGGGAAGAGAUCCGUCAAGACUUCUCCAGCCUUGGCUCCUCCUAUUGGGUAGGGGCUUUAGGAUGGGUCCUGCUGAUGGUUGUGGGGAUGAUAGUCUUUAUAGCUGAACAAGCUGUUGUUCCAGACCUUCUACCUGACUUAGAGAAGGCUGUGGAUUCAUGGCAGAUUUCCUCUCAACUUAAGGCCGCUAAACACUCUUUCAGCUAUAGUUAUUGCCAUGGUUACAGCAAAAGCAACAUGGCUCCUAAGAGGUAUAUGUCAACACCUUGAGUGGAGAGCAGAAAAAAGGACGUGACAGACACAAUGAGUAUGAAUGUGUAAGUAAGACAUUAAUGCACACAGACUCAAUAAGAAACCAGCAAUUCCUUGCUGCUUUAUAGAUCUGUACAAGCAGACUGAAUAUUGAUUAGCUGGGUUGGGAGUUGUGUGUUGGCUAGAGGAAUUAGGAUCCUGAAUCCCGAAAGGCUCCAGUAUGGACUGAAAUAAAAUAAAAACACACUAAGGAUCAACAAUACCGUCUUUAGAAACUGUGCACCAAAUGUAAGCUGAGGACUGUUCUCUGACAAAGUGAUGUGUAGGUGUGUUUGCAAAGUUAUUAAGUUCAUAAUUUGGGGACACAUCCAGUUGUGAUUCAGUUGAAUGUAUCUAAAAAACACUGUUACAAAACAUUCAACUCCUACCAUUAACGGAAAGUCUCAGAAGGUGUUGCAAUAAUAAUGUAUAGCACCAUCUUGUGAUGGCCAUGUGACACUUUUGACAGUUCUAAACAGUUCUUUUUAAAUGUUUUAUUUGUUGAAAGGUGAACUGCAGGCUUUUUAUGGACAUCAUAAGUAUUGCAAAUACUAAUUGUGUUAUUGUUAUUUUUAUAGUUUUUUAUUGUUAUUGUUACUUUGUUGUUUUCUUAUAAAAUAUGUCCUGUUUGCUGAUGAUGAGUAAUAAAAAGCACAAUAAUC